GAACUCUAAAGAAUCCAUGCAAUGAUGAAUUGCCCACAAGACAGUAUAUUUGGUUAAGGUGCAGCUUUAGUUACCAUAUAUGAAAUGGCAAAGAUACUUUUUAAGACAGUAACAUAGCAGUAACAUGCUUUUUAACUAGGCAGGGUAAACAGGGAUGGUUAACAAAAGUUUUUUUAUUCAAACUGUUAAUCAUAAACCACCUUUAUCACUGCAAGCAGUAUGCCCUUCCAGUUUCCCUAUUUAACAAUACAUCAGUACUUUCUCUGGUAACACAUACUUAUAUUCCCCAAUGCUCCCUAAGCAGAUGGAUGUUUCUGGCAAUCCUAAGAAAUAAGGAAGGUUUGGGUUUUUUCUGCUACAGUAAAAACAAUUCCAUUUUUCUACUACCCCCCUGCAAACUCCAGUCACUAUCACAUCUGGCUGCCUGUAUUACCGCACCAUGGAGGUGAGCUUUUUGUGUUCAGGCUGCUACAUGAGAGCUGCACUUUCCAGUCAACACACCUCACUUUGACAAAACAACUUACUGCUUCAUUUGCUGUUUACCUUAGGUGUGGUUACAAAAUUUUUUUCAUGCUACUUGACCUUCCUGCACUAUUGUGGUUGGGUUUUUUUCUCAGAAGAAAGUUACUUGCUCCACCCAGCUUCCACACAUUCUUACAUCCUUUCCGUACAAGAGGAAGUACAUGGCUGUAUCUGAACUCAUAUACUGCAAGCAGGACUUCCAAUGUUUUCUAUCUCCUACUGGAUCACCAAGAGUAUUUCAGCAUCAGUCUUCACUUUCCCUACACCUUCUUUUUUAACCUAUGAAAAUUCCUAUUACCUCCUACUGAAUCACCAUGUUAUCUUUUAUAGAAACCUGGCAUCCCCAUUAGACCUGGUACAUUGUCACUGCUUGCCACAGGCAGUCCACCUGUGGUAACUGCUUCAACCCUUGGGUUUAGGGUUGAGUUCAAGCUCAUCUAUAACACCUUGGAUGGUAUUGGAGUUUUGCAAGACACCUGCUGAGACUUUUUCUUUGCAAAGUACUUAUCUAUGCCAACUAACUGCUAGGUAUCUAGCAAUUUUUCUUCCCCCUUCAUGUCCACGUAUCAGCUGGUCAAAUUGCAUUAUGAAGAAACCACCAACCUAACUGCAGAACGUAUUGCUGAUCUACAUUUUACUAUUUGUUCCCAUCGCUUUUAUCAAGUUUUUAACCAACUUCAUUUUCAUUCACACAACUGGUUCUCUUAUCAAAUACUUAAGUGUGUCACUAACUACCCAUAACUAUCCAUAACUGUCCAAUGCAGCAGUUUUCUUCCUAACUCUCAAUGGACUGAGCCGCUUGCUUUCUGUAUCACUGGGAAUACAAGCAACUUCGAAAACACUAUAUACCUGGAGACUAUUUAGUAAUGUUACUGAAUGCUUAGGCACAGAAAACAUCUCUUUGAUAAGAGGAAGACAUCACGGAGAGGGCAAGGUGCCGAGUUGGUCAAGAUGACCCAUGUAAACUGACUUAGGCCUAUGUGGCAUAGUGGCUACUUGUCUUUACAGAGGUUGGGCUUUGCUCAUCUAUGCCAGGUAAUAUGCAGCAGCUGCUAUUUUUAUUAUUGGAAUUAGCAUAUAGGAAUUAUUGACGUAAUUCAACUCUGACCAGUUAUGGUUAAUUUAGAUGGAAAAGCUGUCUUCCCCACAGCAGAGAAAGGCUCAGAGCCAAGAUUUUGUACUGAAAGCUAAGUUAAAAGUUCACCACCAUCAUCCUGGCUGAAGCUGCUGAGGUCUCUGAGCCACCAACGUGGAAAAGCACUAGAAGCAGCUACGUCCCUGACCUUAAAUCUCCCAAAAGCACUCUCAAACUGCAUGCUGCAUGUCCUUCAUUUUCCUGCUGUAGCUAAAACACAAAGUCAGUAAAACUUACUUGCCACAGGCCUUAGCAACACAGAGCUCAACUCUACCGCUCCCACAGGAAAAUUCAAGCAAACAUCGCUGCUGCCGUGCUCAGCUCACCAUGCAGCAGCACAGGCUAUGGCGGGCCCUGAGGGGAGCCCAGGUCCCUCACCCCUGCCAGGCCGCAGCUCCCCACCACCGCCUUCCUGUGCUACCCUGAAGCCAGCCGCUACCUCACUGCUGCCCGAGAGCCGCCCGGGGGCCUCCGCGGGGCCGCCCACAGCGCGCACCCGGCCACAGCACCUCACGGACGACGCCAGGCUCCGGCGACAACAUGGCGGCGGGGCCCGUCACGUGCCCGCCGGCGGCGGCGGCCAGCGCGCCUGCGCGGCACCUCCCCCGGAGGGAGGCGAGAAGAUGGCGGAAGCGGAGUGAGCGCCUUGUCCGAGGCUGGACGAACGCUGCACAGCUAUGGAGAAUGAACCAAACACAACAACAUGUUCUGCGUCUACAACUACUAUCACUACCACCUCCACUUCCCGGACACAGCUACCACAGAUAUCUGUCUACAGCGGCUCUGACAGGCAUGCCGUCCAGGUUAUUCAGCAGGCCUUGCAUCGUCCUCCUAGCUCAGCUGCUCAGUACCUCCAGCAGAUGUAUGCAGCCCAACAGCAGCAUCUAAUGCUGCAGACUGCUGCUUUGCAGCAGCAGCACUUAAGCAGUACCCAAUUUCAGAGUCUGGCAACUGUACCACAGGCAAGCCUGUCAGGUGGGAGGCAAUGCACUUCCCCCACUGGGAGUGUCACUCAGCAGUCAAGCAUGUCGCAGACCUCGAUUAACCUCUCCACCUCUCCUACACCUGCACAGAUAAUAAGCCGUUCACAGACCUCCAACACCACUAGCAGCAGUAUUACCCAACAGACUAUGUUGCUGGGGAGCACCUCUCCAACCCUGAGUGCCAGCCAGGCUCAGAUGUAUCUCCGAGCUCAAAUGCUUAUUUUUACUCCUGCAACCACUGUGGCUGCUGUCCAGUCUGACAUUCCCGUUGUCUCAUCUUCCUCAUCUUCGUGUCAGUCUGCAGCUACUCAGGUUCAGAACUUGACGUUGCGCAGUCAGAAGUUGGGUGUAUUGUCAAGUUCACAGAACGGCCCACCAAAGAGCAGCAGUCAAACUCAGUCAUUGUCCCUCUGCCCCAAUAAACCUAUAACCAGUUCCAAGGGCAGCCAGCCAGAUCACUCAGAAACCAACAGAAAAGGCGAGAGCCCAACUCCAGAGUGUCGGAGUACACCAGUCACACGGACAUCAAGCAUACAUCACUUAAUAACACCAGCUUCGUAUUCUCCAUUGCAACCUCAUUCACUAGUGAAACAUCAGCAGAUCCCACUUCAUUCACCACCUCCAAAGAUUUCCCAUCAUCAGCUGAUACUGCAACAGCAGCAGCAAGUCCAGCCAAUUGCACUUCAGACUCCUUCGGGUCAGGACCCCCCUCCGUCCCAGCACUGUCUACCACUCCCAAGCCAUGGUCUUCCUCCGGCUUCCAGCAGUGUCCAGUCUCAUUGCUCACCGAUUCACAUCCAUCCUCCGCCUCUAACACUGUCUCCUACUCCAUCCCAGUCAGCUCAGCAGUCAGUAGUGGUAUCCCCUCCACCUUCUCACUCCCCUAGUCAGUCGCCUACAAUAAUUAUUCACCCUCAAGCACUUAUUCAGUCACAGGCAAACUCCCUUGUGCCGACAGCUCUUCAGGCAGAGCAGUCUGCUCCUCAGCAAACUACUACCAAUCCAGUUCGACCAAUUGCACAGCCACUUAAUCUUCCGUCGCACCUUCCGCUUCCAUCUUCCCCCGCUGUACAUAUAGGGUCGGUAGAUCAGCCCAGCUUAGUUUCCCCAGGCCAACAGAUUGUGUCCUCGACACCACACCAGCAAUAUUCAGCCUUGCAGUCCACACCCAUCCCUCUUGCAGCUCCUCCUCAGCUGUCAACAUCUUCAACCCAGAUCCAACAACUGCCAUUGCAGUCUGUGCAGUCUUUACAAGUGCAGCCUGAAAUCCUGUCCCAGGGCCAGGUUUUGGUUCAAAACACUUUGGUUUCUGAGGAAGAGCUUCCUGCUGCAGAAGCUUUGGUCCAGCUGCCAUUUCAAACUCUUCCACCACCACAGACUGUUGCAGUAAAUCUUCAGGUGCAGCCAUCGGUACCGAUUGAAACUCCAGUGAUUUACCAAGUGGAGAACGUAUGCGAAGAAGAGAUGCCAGAGGAAUCAGAUUGUGUCCAUAUGGCUAGAACACCUACGCCACCCACUUUGUCUCCACCAGCCAUAACCUUGGGGAAUGGCGAGGCACUUAAUUCAGAAGAUCCUUUGUCAGAACAUGGGGGACUACCUUCAGUGACAUCAUCAGUCAGUGCCUCAGUAAUUAAAUCUCCGUCUGAUCCUUCACAUGCUUCUAUUCCACCACCACCUCUUUUGCUUCCAGCAGCAACAACAAGGAGCAACAGCACAUCAAUGCCCAAUAGCAUUCCCAGCCUAGAAAAUAAACCUCCACAGGCUAUUGUUAAACCACAGAUCCUGACCCACGUUAUUGAAGGCUUUGUGAUUCAGGAGGGGUUAGAGCCAUUCCCUGUAAGUCGUUCAUCUUUGCUGGUAGAACAGCCUGCAGAAAAAAGAUUGCUAGUGGAGGGUCAGAUCAUGAGUGUUGUGUGUGUUGAAUCAGACUUGCAGAAUACAAAACAUGCAGACAACUCAUCGGACACAGAGAUAGAGGAUAUGAUUGCAGAAGAGGGGCUGGAUGAAAUAGAAAAUGAUCUUCUGAAGUGUGAAUUUUGUGGAAAAAUGGGGUAUUCUAAUAAAUUUCUACGGUCAAAAAGAUUCUGCUCCACAUCCUGUGCCAAAAGGCACAGCCUUAGUUGCACUAAGAAGUUUGGGCUGUUUACAUCAGACAAGACCAGUCGCUGGAAUCGGAAAUCAGAUAGCCAAAGCCUUGGGCGACGCGGGCGUCGACCGAGCGGCCCUGAUGGGGCAUCACGAGAUCAUUUUCUUAGACAGCUUCCAAUUACUUAUCCAUCUGCAGAAGAAGAUGUGGCUUCUCAUGAAGAUGCUGUUCCAGCUGCCAUGACCACCCGUCUGCGAAGACAGAGUGAAAGGGAGAGAGAACGUGAACUUAGGGAACUAAGAAUUCGGAAAAUGCCAGAGAGCAUUGACUUGUUACCAGUGGUGCAAGCUGACCCAUCAGUAUGGACUGUUGAUGAAGUUUGGGCCUUUAUACGUUCUUUGCCUGGUUGUCAAGAUAUUGCGGAUGAAUUUAGAGCACAAGAAAUAGAUGGGCAAGCUCUCCUCUUGUUGAAGGAGGAUCACCUUAUGAGUGCAAUGAAUAUUAAGCUUGGACCUGCAUUGAAGAUCUGUGCACGUAUCAAUUCAUUGAAAGAAUCCUAGGGGGGGAACGUGAAGGUUUAAACAACAGUUUCUCAGUGACAGAACCAACAGUAAUAUGCCAACAUCUUCCCUGUGGCAUGAGAGUUACUGUGAUGUUUUGUUAAAUAUAUGGGGGUUUCCCCACAUAAAGACUUAAAAAUGUUCCUUUGAUUAUACCAGGUAGUCCUCUGUAGUUUCCACAAUUCAUAAGUUCAUGGUAAAGUCUGAAUAAUACUUUGAGUUGAAGUGGGAGUUCAUGGAAAAACAUGAAGUGAAAUAUGCUGUGAUAGGCUAAAUAUUCCCCAACAUGUACUUUCUUAUAAGUUUAACAUCCCAGCACCCAACCCAGUCUAAACACCAUUUAAAUUGUGUUGCUGUAUUCUGAACGAUUUUUCCCACAUACAGCAGUUUUUGGACUGAAAUAACAGAAGUGUCCACGGACCCUGUGGAAGCACUAAUAACAGUAAAAUGCUAUGCAUUUAGUUGUGCUGUCUGAGUUUCUUUUAGUCCUGAGCAAAUUGUUUGUAAGGGGUAGGUUGGCAGCUGGUUUUCCUUGUGUAGGCUUACCCUCAUCUCUGCCACUGUAGUAUUUUCUUGAAGUCUGGAAAUACUAUAAACCAUGUAGAUGUCUUGUCAAAAUCCUCCUCAUCAGGCUACUGAAAUGCAAUGGCAUGACACUCUUGCCAGAGGUAACUGAAGCACAUGUUACUUUACUCUUUGUAUGCUGCUAUGCACUGAGAGGGCAUUAAGAUGUUAGGUUUGUCGUUUCGCAUGCUGCUAGUUAAACUAGACCAGCAGUUCUCAAAUGGGGGUUCAGAGUGGAUCCUGGGAAGGUGUGAGAACACUCGGGGUUCAGGUUCCCAAAUGCCUAGGCAUGAGGGGCUGAAAACUGCGGCCAGAACUAGCUCACAUUGAGACAAGCAGACUUUAAAGACUGGAGGUAGAGAAGGGAUAGCAUAGCUCAGAUGCUCUUUUUCUUAAUACCUCUUGUAACUUGUCUUUCCCUGUAGCGCAUUCCCAUUGUCUCACUGGAAGCUUCCAAGCACCUUUUACUUGUCCACUGGCCAGCAUGAGCUGGGCUUGCAGUAGUCUGAGGAAGGAGCACAGUGAGUUGCUCGAUGAAGUCCCUUCAGAGCUCGGUGUAGGAGCAGCUGCUGCUGCAGUGAGGGACCCUGGAGCUGCGGGUCGGCAGGAGGAGUGCCACUGCUAGGUAACUCUGGGUGAAAUCUCUAGGGGCCUGCCUUGUCCCUCUGGCAGGAGAUUUUGACUUGGAUGCUGCAAGCCCACUUGGUGGACUUUAGUCUCCCUCAGUCUUCCCUCUCUCGCACUCUGUGUGGAACAAAGAUGUGUUUCCCCAGUUACUGACGCUCUCGGAAGCUGCCUGGGCUCGGAGGCAGAAGCACCUUCUCAGCCUUUGCUUCCCCGUCACCUGGGUACAGAUGUUCACGAAUGUGUUUUGUACCUUCUGUUCCCUCCCUCUUGCAGCUCCGCUCCCCUUAUGUACAGGCCUAGAUCCCUAAGCUCUUGUAUAGGGAAAGAAGGGCAUGUGUGCUGAUAGAGUUGUUGUGUAUAUUUGAAUUAAAUAUGUGUAUGUGUCUGCAAAUAAUGUAUUUUGUAUUUUAUGCAAAUGAAUGCAUAAUAAAUGAUUGUGUAGGGAGAUAGUCUGGGGGGCUGUAAAGCAUUCCUGAAGAGGAACUGAUCUACAGUUUGAGAACUGCUGACCUAGAUCAAAAGGAGUUAAUGCACAUACACUGGCUGAAAGGAAGGUUUAUGACAGGUAGAUUAAUAUGUAUAUUAUUUAACUGAUGACCUUAAAGAGUAAAUUUAGAUUACAGAAAAAAUCUGUGCUUCAUUUUCCUUUAGACUAUUGCUUUGUUUCUACUAACAGACUUUCUACUGUUAUCUUCCAGAGAUCAAUGUUAGAAUCAUUGUUUUUAAUUAUAACUGUUUAAGCUUACUAAUAGCAGAUGUUAAUAAUAUUUUUAUUAACCACUGAAGCUCCGAGUUAGGACAACCCGUUGCUGUUACGUGCUGGUAUGUGGUGAGGGCCCUUAUCCAAAUGGCACCAAAGGCUUUAGAUAAUUAAUUGAUGUCUGGGUUUAUUUUGGAGGGAAGUUGCUAAGCACUUUCUAAUUUGUUUUUUCUCUCUUCAGUUACUGUUGUAAAAUAAACUUCUUAGUUGAAGGUUCAACGUUUGGCAAUGUUCAUCUGAAAGAUGGUCAAAUGAUGGAGACAGUAGGUUCCCAUUUGUAGCAUUUCUGUAAGAUACACCUGUAGCAUAUCUGUAACAUAUGUUCUAAAGUAUACAUUCUGUUUUGAUGAGCUAAUUGAAGACUAAAGAUAUCUUAGAUAUUUAUCCUUUGGCUUUUGUCUUAAAGUUUUAUUAUUUUUAUACGAAAAUUUCACGCUAAUUUUUAAUCUGUCUUCUGAUUGUACUGUUCUUUGGCAAUGUAAAAAGUAGGUAUGCAUAAAUGUGAUUUGAUAAUGGCUUAAGGCGUAUUUGAAAAUGUGGACUUACAAGUCUUAUUUAGACCUGCAGUUAAUCACAGUGUUGUUACAUGCAUCAGAAUUUCAUGGCUGUUUGAAUUUUGCUUUAUUAGACAGCUUUCAGGAGACCUUCUACAGCUAGCGUUGAUAUACACACCUCAGACGUAACCACUGACAGAUGCCAGAAGCUCAGGGUAGACCUGAUUAAUGCACGUCUGUUCUGGUUCUUCUGGUACGCUACGUUUUCUGUGGUUUUGGGGGAGCCGCAGAUAGUGAGUUAUGCUUUGAAUAUUCAUGAAUGCAGCAACUAAGAAUGUGGGCCUUAUGUAUAUUGAAAUGCUUUUUUCUCCUUCACUGGUUUUGGCAUUAAGCAGGAGCUUAAAAGCAGACACAGCUAUACUACCCUAUACUGAUAGAAAUGCAUGUGUAUUGGAGUGUUUGCCAGUAUAGCUGUGUCAGUAAAAUCGAUUUAAAAAAAAAAAAAGAUCACACCUGUAUGUGAAAAUGGGCUGGAAAACUUCCAAGUGGGACUGAAGUCUACUUCAGAAGCUUUUGAAUUUACUCAGAAAAGCAAUAUAAUACUGAGAGUAGUAUUCCUCCAGAACCAUUUUGCAUACCAAUCAUUUGUUUCUGUUCAGAUCAGUGAGGUUUUCCAAGGCUCAUACUACUAUUUCCCAUGGCUUUCCCCACAAAUUAAGCUAGAACCUCUUGCAAAAAAAGGAAGCAUUGCAGAUUUUAACUGACUAUUGUUUUAACACUUGUUCCCACUAGAUGUGUCUACAGGAAAUCCUUUUCAUUAGCUUUAUUUCCUGGGGUUUUGUUUUCUGUAUUCAGACUGCUGCUGUUGUGGGCUACCUGUCAUGGUAAUCCCUGCAAUAUUUCAGUUCCUUCUGAAUAUUCUGAAAGGAAUACAGGACCUUAGCUUAAGAGGGAAUUAUGUUGGAUGGCUUUUUCCCUUCCUUUUUCUCCACUAGUCUCCAUCCUACCUUACUCCUUAAUGCAAGCUGCAGCAUUAGCUCAGGGCAAAACCCUUUUGCAGAGCACUGGGCUGAAUGUGACUGUCGAGGCUUCUUCCAAUAGCAUUACAACUAUUACACUUGUCUCUGCUACAGGGUUUAUUUGGGGUUUUAAAGAAAUGCACCUGAAUGGUCAAAAUGGGUAUGCAGACUCCGCUGCUUAAUCUGGCUCAUAGCACUCGGUAUGUGGUGCUUUUCAGCGAGGAAGCCCAGCCACCUCCGCUGACUGAAAUGCUCUGGGAGCUCUAAGGCUGCUCCUGGUUCAAAAACAAGCAUUGCUGGCAAAGUGCUAACUUCUCCCAGCCACCCCGUAUUGCCUCACAUUUGGCACAUUCGUAAAGCCUUUAUCACCUUGCUUAUAUAAAGAAUAAAAAAUAACCAUCUUGUCAAGUUAAACUGCCAGUUGUCUUGGAUCACCAGAGAAUGUUUGAAGGGUUUUUAAACAGACUGCAUUGUAAAUCCAUUCAUUAACCAUUAAUCCAUCCUAUUUUAUUCCAGAAAUUAAGUUCUUGACGGAGGGUAAAACCUUUGCUAGAUCUGUGUCAAUGAGGUAUCAAAUAGAAAGUGUAUGUCCUGCAAGCAUCUAUUACCUCAUUUCUUUCCUGUGAAAACAGCCUUUUCCCUGCUAACUUCUUUUUGGACAAUUCACAAGUGGGAAUCCAGUCUUUUGCAUAGAGCAGAUGGAGUCCAUCAUAACUGCAGAUGUGGCAGCAAGAGUAAAGGAACAGGAUGGAAACAAGUAUUUGAGGUUCAUGGUAGCUUUUCCAUCACUUCUUUAUCUUGGUCUUGGCUGUAGGGAAACGUUCAGGUAUAAAACCAUUUAACUGUAGUCAGAAUGGAUGUUUAUGUCGUGAGACUUUGCUGGGUGUAGUGUGUCGCUGCCUGGCAUACCAGUUAGAGCUAAUGCCUAUUUCAGAUGACUGUUCUCAUUUUAAAUAUCCCAGUCUCAAUGCAGAAAUUUACAGCUAUUUCUUACACAUUGGCAAAUGUAUAGCUCUGAGUGAUUGAAGAACUCAAUGACAGCUGUGUUGUCAGUCCUGGUUUUGCAAAUAAUUAGACAUCCACGUAAUUUAUCACAUGAGUAGUUCUGAUUGUAUUGAGACUAUUCAUAUUAAAAUUACACAUCUGUAUAAAAGCUUUCAGGGUUAUUUUCUUACCAGUAUCGCAUAGAAUUGUCCUGUUAGCAUAUAUGUAGAAAUACAGUUGUCACUUGGUAACCGGACUUUGACUCAGCAGUUGUUCUAGGCUGCAGAUAAUGACUCUGCAGAAAAAUCAAUCUAGGAUACUUUUUUUAACAUUCACCCAAAUUACUUUAUUAGAGAUGGAGAGAAACUUAUAUUUUAAAGUAUGUUGUUUAAAAUAUAAGUUUCUGUUGAAUACUGCAUGUAAUAGGUGUGAACAGAGCUAUAAAUGCAUAAUUCCAAUGUAAGGUGUUAAUAAUUGCUCAUAGUGAAUUAAUUUUUAAGUCAUUCUUGCACAGUGAGCUGUAGUUUCAGACGGGAAAUACUGUGACAAGAAAGAAAUGUAAACUCGUUUAAUGCUUAGUUCAUUUAAGUUAAGCCUAAAUUAAGUUCAUUUUAAAGGAAUUUUCCUUUAGUCACAAGAAUUUGUUUAGACCCUAUUGGUUCUAUGUAGUUAACAUCCACUGGAUGGCUUUGCAGAUAGUGACGUGUAAAAAAAGAGAUGGUGAUUAUGGUACGGAUAAGUGCCUGCUGUGUGGAUGCUAUGUCUGCUUUUUCAAAAAGCUGUCCCUAACGUAACGGGAGCUGACGGGCAGCCUGUACCCUGCAGUGAGAGCCUGGGGCGCAGGCUGGAUGCAGAAGCAGUUAGCCCACAUUACCCUGGUCUGUGUGGAUCUGGCUGAUUUGGUUUUACUAUCGUCCUAACUUCGGAGGAGCUCUAUCACCUGCCAUCUCCUCCUCCAUAUAGAUUUCUAAAUGGGCUUUAUGCCCUGUUGGGCAUCCACUGCGUUGGCUGGAGCAUUUUGUGUCCUGCUUGUCCCCUAGGUCUCAUGGUCAGUACUUCCACGUGUAUUCAAGGCCCCCAUCCUCAGCUGCUGUGUAGGUUUGUGUAACCUCUAAGGUAAAACUUACACCUGCUCAUUCACAUGAAGGGUACUGCGCAUUUACUGAUCCCUUCAAGCUAAGUGGAAGGAAAAAACACAGUUCAGAGAUGUGAAUGUGUUUGUAACUGAAGGUACAUAGUAAGCUUAUAGUCUAUUUUUUGUAAUUAUUGAUCUAACUUUCCCAAAGCACAGUUCUGGGAGUCAAGUGUUGUGCAUAGAUUUCAAGUUAAAAAAUUUUAAACUUCUAGCAUGUAUUAGCUUCCUGCUGAAUUAUCCAAAAUGACUGCGUACAGUAAGAAGCUAAGAAAAAGAUCUGAAGAGAUUUUUUUCCAUCUAGAAAGAAUUAUGAUUUGAGCACAAUUGUACAUUCAUAGAACAGUGAUCAUAAGUAUCAUUUCAGUGCAAUACGUAACACUUAAGGAGCAUUAUAAUUGUGCGUAAAAAGCACUGUAUUGUUACAUGGGGGUGUUGAAAGGCUUAUAGUAUUGUUCAUAGGUACUAAAUCAGGGCAUCCUUGCUGAUGAUGGGAUUAGGCUGGAAGCACAAGUGUAAUUGAUUUAUGAGGCACAUCUGCUUCGUGGGUGAAGUCCGGUCAACCUGUGGGAAGACUUGUGUUGUCCUCCACCACCUGGCCGGUGUAUCAGCAGCCAGGGUGUUGCCAUCCUUUGGCAGCUUUCUGCAAAGUUGGUGCUGGAAAGAACAAGGAGAUAAUUCUGCACACCCAGCUUCCUUUUCGAGCAGUCUCUGUGUUACAGCAUUAGCAAAGCAGUACUGAUCAGGAGAGAUGUGUGUAAAGAAUGAAGGGUUUUGUUAAUGAGUGCCAAAUACUUCUGUUGAGAGUUGAAAAGAUGUAGCAUAUCUCUUCAAAAUCAAUGUUGAAUUUUAAGGGAUUCGUUACACGAGGAAAGUGCAGAAGUUUCUCAUAAAGGGUUAACGCUGUAUCCGCUGUUACCAUUAAUAUCAAAUAAUCCUAUAAGAAUUAAAGACUGUAAAGUAUUUGAGUGGUAUAAGGCCAUUAGCUGCUGGCACAGCACAAGAAGCCGUGUACAGAGGAGAUAGAUACAGCAAUGGUUGUCUGUAGUUCAGAUUAUUUCAGAAAUUUCCUAGUACAGCUUCUCUCCUCUUGCUGUCUGGCAGUGCAGCUGUAACCCUGUUCUGCAGGGCGGCAGCUGAUGGUUACACGGCUGGGCUCGGGGUUCACUGUUAGGGCUUCCCAGAAGCACCAGAUAAUAAGAAAAUGCAGAGGAAAAGCCUUAGUCGUUAGGAGGGUAAUAGGAUAAGGAUCACUUCACAACUGGUAUCUCCCUCCAGAAAAAGUCAAGGACAAAGGUGGGCUUACAAAGAGCUACUACUACUGUGUUUUAAAUAGUUUCUUAGCAGGCUCAGACACCGCAGUGAGAUGCUGUGUCAAGACCUGUAAUGCCGCUGUUGCCUAUUCAGUGGGUGUAGUGACAGCCUGAAGGUUGAUCCUGUUUGGCAUCUUUCCCCCAAGAGUAUGGAAGAACAAAUUUCACGGUAAUGCGGUGAUGUCACAUCAGUACAUUAAUACUUGCCUUGACUGCAUGUUGUGGCUUCCCUGUAAAAAAUAAAAAUUUUCAAAACUUAAAAUAGCUUUAGAAGCGCUGCAGUGACUACGGGAACUCUGCCACGUUAGGAUAGAUGGGGUUGUGCAAACUUUAAUUACAGGUUGAGGAGCUGAACCACACUGAUAAAUAAAAUACAUCAGCAGCCUUACCCAAUUUGUUGCAGUUCUGGUUCUGUAUAUGUUAAUGAGUCGGCAGGGUGAGACUAACCACGAAAAACAGAAGCAUCUGAAAUGUACUUGAAAAUAACUUUGCCUUUAUCAGGUGUUAAAUGAAUUUUAAAUUAGGAAAUUUCCUUUGCCUGCCAAGUCCGUAGGGGUCAGUUAUUUCAUGAUCUUCUGAAAUGCCUGGUGCAUUACUGUAUUUGAGGUAUCUGCUGGUUUUUAAAUGGCGUUAGGUUUUGUAAAUAUUUUGUCAACCCCAUUUCAGUGGGUAUCCAGUUUAUAUAAAACCUGAAGACACACUGUGUCAAAAAAAUGUGUGUAGACAUGGUUUAUCCUAUAGCAUCUGAAGCGCUAAAUAACCCGAGUAACAACUGGAGAGAGCAGGGAGUGAUUGCUCAAGGUUGUUUGUCAAGUUAACGUUGUAUGUGCUUUCCUACUUUUAACAUGGAGAUAGAAUUUCCUCCAAUGACAUUUUCCAGCAUAAAGGAUAAAAUAAUUUGUGGUGCCAAACACUUCCAACAAUGUUGCUAAGCAUUGCCUCCUCUUAUUGCACUAGUUUAAAAAUUCAGUUUUUGAUCAUUUCCUGUCCUUUUGAUGGCCUUUUUAACACAUUUCCCCCCAACCCUUUUCUACUGCUUAAAAAAGCUCAUGUCCUUUUGAUUACAUCACCGAAACCUCAGAGAAAUACACCAGACUGUAGGUGAAAGUAGCACUAUGUGGGGUGAAGUAAUAAAUCAGAAUGAUAAUUGGACUUUGAUAUAUUGCAGAAAUGUAAGAUAAAUAUAUGAUUGAGAUGUGAUUGUGUAUUCUUAUGAAGUGAUAUACUGGAAUAUUCUUUUAUAAGAAAUUUUAGCCCACGUAGCAUUAAAUUCUGCAAUUAAAUCUAUGCCUAUAAUUGAUAUGUAAUAAUGUAAAUUAUAACCCAAAAAUUAAAUUUUACAGUUGAAGAGCACACACUGAAUUAUGUAAAAAUAGGAUCUUCACUUUGUGAAUCAUUUUUUGAAAAAGCACUUUCCUAUUACCAACUAGCAUGUGAAUGAAUUUUAGAUUCUCUCAUUUGUUAUGAUCUGUAGAAGUGAAAUUUCUUUAAUCUCUCAAUGGAUAAAUUCAUCAUACAAAUGCUAAAACAAAGCACCUUAUACUAUGCUGCUUAAACUUGCUUGUAAUUGCACCUUUUGUUAUCUGCAGAUUUUUCUUAAUGAGUAUUCUUGUGUGAUACCAUUGUUCUCUGUGGGUCUGGGUGAAUGAUUAACCAACCUACAGCGUCAUUUACUUACAUAGUUUCUAUUUCAGUACAACAUUGUAUUGUGAGUUCAGUGCUUCAGAAAUAAAUGCUACUUCCAUUUGUC